AUGCAACAGGCUGUAGAACGAGCUUUGGACCGUGCGGACUAUGUCAUCGCAAGUGCCCAGCAGAGGCCUCCUAAAAGGAAACGCUCGUCGAGUGGGGAAGCAUCUCUCUAUGAAAAACUUUAUGACAUGUAUGUGGAAGAAUGUGGGAAAGAGCCUGAGGCUCCGGAGGAACUAAGAAGCAACGUGAACUUGCUAGAGAAGCUCGUCAGGAGAGAGUCGUUGCCCUGUUUGGUGGUCAGCCUACAUCCGGGAGUGGGGGGAUAUUCGCUGAUGCUCGAGGGGAAACAUGGAGCGGAUUCGGAGACCAUUCGGCUGCCUUAUGAAGCAGGGGAAUUGCUGGAAUACCUGGAUGCUGAAGAAUUACCCCCUGCUCUGCUGGACCUCCUGGAAAAAUCUCAGGUUAACAUUUUCCACUGUGGGUGUGUCAUAGCACAGGUGCGGGACUACAGGCAGGGCAGUGGUGGGGAACCUCCCGGCUACCAGAGCAGGCAUAUUCUCCUGCGCCCAACCAUGCAGACGUUAGCCUGCGACGUGCAGUCCAUCACCAGCGAUGGCCAGGAAUGGACCCAGGAGGACAAGCUGUUGCUUGAGAGCCAACUGAUCUUGGCUACUGCGGAACCCCUGUGUCUGGAUCCUUCCAUAUCAGUAGCCUGCACGGCAAACAGGCUGCUCUAUAACAAGCAAAAGAUGAACACUCGCCCGAUGAAAAGGAGCUUCAAGAGGUAUUCUGCACCCUCUCUGAGUCGGCAGCGGGAGCUGUCCGGUUGCCCACCUCCUCCUGAGCUCAGAGUUUGGGCCUCUUGCCGGAAAGGCAGAGACAGCCAAGCUGGGCAGCGGUAUGACCUCAAAAAUUCUAAAGCGGGCAGUUGUGUAGAUAUGUGGAAACAGAGACCCUGUGACUUGGCCGUCCCGUCUGAAGUGGAUGUGCAGAAAUAUGCCAGAGGGAAGAGGUCCGCCAGACAGGAUGUCUCACCUCCAGGAGUCUGGCCAGCCCACGAGGUGAGAGACGGUGGUGCGUUUGGAUGUGAGGCUGGCGGCGAGCCUCAGACAACGGAGCUGACCUUCAUGCAGCCGCCGCUGCCGCCGAAUAAUCCACCUUUCUCUGGACCGAGAAGGCCCUGGAAGGAAGGCGGGUGGGAGGGACAGAUGUCUCCUCCGCACCCCUCCACAGAUGACCAUUCAGACGGUGUCCCGCCCGAGUCAAAGACUGCUGCUGGGGGGGUAGUCGUUCGGCCAGACGCGGUGGUCCCGCAGAAGGCCAAGUGUCCGGUCCCCGCGUCCCAGAGCUCCAGCGGCUCAGCCGGCCUCAGCGGGCUUCCUCCCGGGAAGGACCCAGAACAGCCUGAGAUGGUGUCGGUUCGGUCUCCGGUCCAGGGCCAGGGCGUCAGACCGCCACCUCUACGCGUCAGACUUCCCUGGAGCUCAGGAAAGAGUUGGUCGGGGAACAGUUUUACUCCAUGGGAGGCCAGCAGCUUUCUUAAAUCUCCAUCUCCGGCUCCUGCUUCUAAGCCACCAGGUCUUUCCCAGCAGUCGUCCGUGGGUGUGAAUCGAGUUAACCCGCUUCCUGCAGCCCUCCCGUCCUCUGCCAGCGCACCGCAGAGGAGCCCGGCGAGCCGGGUCACGGCCAGCUCUGCGGGCCGCAACCUCCGCCUCCCCAAAGUGGCGGGCCCCGGUCGAGGAGCGCAGGCUUUGGCGCGGGGCUCCGGCCCCGGGCAGGGCUGCACGGCUGGCACCACGGCUCCCGCGCGGGUCAAGCCCAGCAGCCUGCCCUCAGGAGCUCAGUCCCCCAGUGCGGUGCCCACGGCAGCGCGGGGUCCUCCGGUCCGCGUUCAGUUUUUUUUAAAACACCCUUCCGGCCUCAGGCCAGUAACUCUACUGGAGCUUCCCCAAGAUUCGCUCCUUUUGAACACCCCGCAGCAGCCAGAGCAGCGGCUCUGUCAGUUGAUUCCCCAAGAACAACUUCAGCAAGCCUCCACUUCUGGUCCUCUGCAGCCGGUGCCACAGGGUUCAAGGGCACGAGGUGCCGCCGGUCCGAAAACGGCCUCAUCUGCUCAGCCGGCUGUGGUCCUUAGCCGGGCUGGAGAGGGGAGUGUGCCGCAGCCCCAGGCGGCGGUGUUGGCCGCGCUUGGCUCUGCGGAGAGCCACGGAAGGCCCCGGCAGAUCGGCCCUCGCCCUGCGCACCCACUGCCGCCGGCCCCUGCCUCGCAGCCACCGCCCCCGCAGCAGGCACAAGCCUUGAGAAUCUUGCAGGGCCCCGUGGCUGUCACGACGGUGGCCGCGCAGACAGCUGGGCCGCCUCGGGGCCAGCAGGCCGCAAGCCAGUCCGGAGUCUACGGCCAUACCACCCCGAACGCGCCCGCUCUUGUCGAAACACCUUUUAGAAGAGUGGACUUGAGUUUCCGCUUGGCCUUGGGAACCAACCAGACACCUGCACCCAGAAUCCCACCUGAUAUGAUGUACUUCUUUCCUUUCGCCCUCUUGGUACUGGUGACCGUUGAACAAUGUGGGGUUAGGGGCGCCGACUCCCCACGAAGUCAGCAAUCUGUGUAUGUCUGCUGCCUAGCCAAAAAUUUAGCUCCUAGUAGCUUACUGCUGACCGGAAGUCUUACCGAUCAGUUAAACUGUCAGCUAACAGAUAAGCAAAGGAUGAUCUUGAGUGAAGUCCCAGCCUCAGGGGAGCUCUUGAGGAGCUGGUGUGAGGUGGGUCCACUUAUGUGCAGCUGGGGCGCAAGCUUUGUCCGUGGCGGCGCUCAGUUCCUCAGCUGCAGGCCCGGAUGCCUUCAGUCGGCCUACUCAGCCUGGCGGGAUUUGCAGGAUAAUCUCAGCCAAAGAAUUGUAAGAGGUCCCGUCCUCCAGUCUAUGAGAUUCCAGAAGACUUGUGCUGCUGGUGCUCAGGAAUUAGUGUCCCCAAGGAUUGGGCUGGAGAAUGACCCAUUCCUGGAGCAGGAUGACACAGGAAGGGAGAUGCUGGGAUUGGAAAGUCAGACCCACAUGGCUCAGUCACUUGGAGGAAUGUCCAAGUGGAGACCAAAGGGUGUCCAGCCGGUUGGCUUUGCCUGGCUGAAGGUGUUCCGGGCAUAG